AUGUCUACUGGUCGUCCGAUUUUCACUACAACGCAGAACAAGGCAAUUUCGAGUUAUUGUACCGAUCCUGCUGAAAAUUCAUUUGCCGUUGGAACCUAUAAUAUAACCCAAGGACUUCGAACGUUUCACAAAGGAUCUGCGUUUUUACCAGCAUUUGUCAUUGAAGAAUGUCAUGCGCAUUUAGACGAUAACGGGUUCGAAUUUAUUCGACAAUGCAUAACACUGCUUGAAGAACGAGGAAUCCGAGAGCAGGGCCUCUAUAGAAACUGUGGAGUUACGUCAAAGGUGCAGAAAUUGAUGCAACUGGGGUUGGAUAAACGGAAAACGAAUGGUGACAAAUUGAACAUCAACGAUGAUGAAUGGGAAAUUAAAACGAUAAGCAGUGCGGUGAAGACAUUUCUUAGAAACCUUCCGGAACCGUUAAUGACAUUCGAUCAGCACAGUCUCUUCAUUAAUGCUGCUAAGAUGGACGACCGACGCACGAGGAUCGACCACAUUCACUACUACGUGCAUAAACUACCGCCAGACCAUAGAUCUAUGCUAGAGAUUGUAAUACGACAUCUGAAGAGAGUGGCUGACAACAGCAUCGAGAAUCUGAUGACGGUUGGCAACUUGGGCGUGUGCUUUGGUCCAACGCUUCUCAGACCAAAAGAGGAAACGAUGGCCGCCAUUAUGGACAUUAAAUUUUGCAAUGUUGUCGUCGAAGUGUUGAUUGCGAACUGCGAGAAGAUUUUCAGUACUGAGCCUCCGAAAUCUAUUGUGCAGCCGUGCCCACCAAAGCCUGAUCACCGCGGUAUUCACCAAGAAGCUACGCAUCCGGAUAUAAGCUACAAAAACUGGCUUAUUGUCGACUCUACCGGUUCGCCUUCAAAAAAUAUCGCUCGACCUCCAGUAGUACUGUAUCCAAAAGGUAGGUGGUUGGGAGGAGGGUUGGAUUGGGCGAAGCAUCAUCUAGUUCUUCUGCUACUUAGCAUAGUUCUGGAAUAG